CAAGUACACUUUUAAUAAAUACUGGUUGUCCUUGAAUUGAUUGCUGAUGUGGUGAUUUUGGUACUAGGAGUGUACAUACUGACGUAAACACCUACGUGAACGGUAAAAAGAAAAAUCGGCCAACGGGAAAGAAUUUUUGCUGCGCGUUUGACUAGUCCUGUAAAGCAAUGGGUGAGUAUACGUAUUUUGUGACAAGUCUGUGAACGAGUAUUGAAAUUGGCGCCUUCUUGUCAUUGGGCGGAGCUAUCUUAUCUGAACAAAGAACUUUAACUCCAAUCGUUGGUUAUUAUCAGAUGUUGUGUUUGGCUUGGCGGGGUCGUGUCGUGCUUAAUGUAAAAGGCUAACACAUCUUGCUGCUUGAGAAAUGCCUCGGCAAACUUUCAGAGAUCAAGUUGGAGACUCGGAAGUCGUACCGAUGGUACCUGUACGGCGUAAAAUAGGCUUGUCCCGUGAAAGCCUUGGCAGAUAUUCAGAAAAGUCGUUACAUUCCGAGUAUAACUUGGGCGGUGAUGGGGGACACUGCCGGAACUGCCUGACCCGCAUCCCGUAUGCCACUCUCAUUGCGACCAUCAUGUGCAUCGUGGGAGUGGGUGUGUUUUGUGGGACCAUGUACCGGGGAGCCAUGCUUGCCGUUCUCAUGUUCGACCAAGUGUUCCACCUGCGACUGAUAUGGGUGGAAGCGGUGCAGAUGGUGUUUGUCGUUAUUGGAGCGAGCAUGGGGGCCCUGGGCCUGAUGAUCUUGUUUGUGGGGUUCCUGGCGACUGGGGCCACGCGCACCAAGGUCUACCGCGCAUGGGGCGCCCGAGUAGGGGGCCGCAUCUCGUGCGCAGUCUUCAUGGGGAUCACGUACGUGCUGCAAAUGGCCUGGCUCCUGAUGCUGUGCUUCCUCGUGAUCGUCACCCUGGUCUUCACGAUCUUCUGGGGCCUGUGCAGCAACCCGCUGGUUCAGGCCAACCGACAGUGCAUCGACUUCAAGCAGUUCGGAUUCCUGUUUCCCAACCACACACGCCCGGAGGACAUGGAGGUGUGCGACACGCACGAGCUGAAACUCUUCUGCAAGGACUACGUGGAGAAGGCAGAGCUGAUGUUCAUCCUGGCCACAGUCGCGUGUCUCCUCGUUGUCCUCAGUCUGGUGCACUACCUGAUGUGCCUCUCGGCAAACUACGCACACAUCAGGGACCACGAGAAGUUCCAAGAGCUGCAGGACUUGCAGUGCCUACAAGAGCCGGAGAUGUCCUACGGGGGGUCCAAGGAUCGCUUCUAGGACAAGGCGCACGAGUCUUUCAGGCAGAAACCGUAGCCGUCCACAUUCCGAAUCCAGUCUCCGAACGUUACUUGUAUUGACUGCAUGCGAACUAAGAGUAAUGUCGUCGCAGCACCAGAAGUAUCAGAUGAAGUUUCAUCGCUGUACUUGGGCAAACCAUCUUGGAAGUGCCUAACAUGCAUUACAGUUGCCUUUCUUCAUUCAUUGUCUCGUAGACAUAAAUUUCUAAUUUUUGAAAUCAUGAAAAUUUUUAUACAAUACAGUAUUGUGCAGUGGUUUUUUUUUUUCUCUUCUGCAGUCUGUUGAGUCCAUUAAAAAUGUGUGUUGCCUUGUUUUAAGGGCCUUUUGAUGCUUUCUGUAAACUUAAUUUUCUUAACUAAUCUAUUCAAUUUAUACGUAUUGUAGUUCUCCCUGUAAGCAUGAUAUAUAGGUAAAUUAUAAGGGAGCUUUUAGCUGACGUACCUAGGAAAUGAACCCCUUGUUUUCAGACAUUGUUUAUCUUUACCGCUGUGCAGAGCGUUCACUGCUUCAGAGUAUUUUUUUUAUACGAUUGCUGCAUAUCUGUAUGACAUCUCAUCUAGCAAGUCUGUAGAGGAUGGUAAAUACUAGCACAAAUUGAAGUGCCUGGAUAAAGAAUGUUCAAACCUCAUUCUUGUGCCUUACUUUCUUAAGCCAUUCCAGUGUUAGUGUCCAAAAAAAAAAUAUAUAAUUAUAUAUAUAAAAAAUCCUCGCUGGAGUUUCGUAUUUAUUCUUUCACCAGAACUUGAUGUGUUGCGAGCACAGUUUUCAUUAACGUAGGAAUUUUCUUGACUGGUUUUUCUGCCUUGAAUCUCUCGUAACUUGCGCCAUGUAGUCCUUGCCCACAUUGGGUCCAGAAUACAUCUCAGCUGAAGCUCUUCAGGUUGUAAGAGAGGAUGAGGAUGCUAAAGACGCAGUAUUUCACUCGUGUGUGGAACAAGCAGAUGCCUGGGAUGCCACAGCACGGAGCAGCAACUCGUGCACAGGAACACGCUUGUGAAGUGUGCUCUGAGUGUGCACCGGAUUGGUGCUGAUUGACUAAGAUUAAUGAUCCCGAUUGAAGCAUGACGGGACCAGAGGUAUCAUGAAUUGUAAUGAAUCCGUCUAUGAAAGUCACGAGUAGAGAAAGUGUUUGAAAUUAAUGCACUGCUUGUGUUCAUGCUUCAAAAAUUUAAAACUUGUUUCAGAGUAUUUUAUGCAAAUAGCACCAAGUGCACUUUGUUGUUUGAUGUAGAAAUUGCAUAUUUAUGACCGAUUCUGAAACAUUUGUAUGCCUGGAAUUUGUAUGUAACUUUUAUUUUCGUAUUUGUUUAAACUGGCAUCAGCUGUUAUUGUAGAAAAUCAUAUUUUGUGAAUUUGCAACAUGUAAAGCUCUGUUAAGGAGUUUUCUCGACAAAUGCAAAAAAAAUUUUUUUACACAUUUCAACCAAGUAAAUUUUGGAAGAAGGUAAAAUUUCAUGUUUAAUAUUUCUGAAGCAAAAUUAUUUAAAUUUGUCCUGGAAAACUUCUUAAGGGGGUUUUACUAUAUAAUAAUUCACUGGUUGAUGUUAACAGUUGAAUAACCUUUGUUUGUGUGCAAUGUAUGUUUCUUAUAGCUCAUAUUUGAAUUUUUCAUUAAAUUGUUUCAACUACAUAUAUUUUUGUUAAGUUGUUAUGUGUGAAUAUCAAUGAUGUAUGUUGUCAUUGUAUAAGUGAAUAGGAACUAUAUAUUGAUUAUAUUUUAUGAGAUGUAUGUAUAUAGAAAGCCUGGAACUAGAGGGUAUAGGUAUAACUAAUGAUUAGCAAGUUAGUUGGCUGCUUGUUAACUCGAGCAUUGUUUUGCUUAAAGGUAAAAAAUUAAAAUUCAUAUUUCUUUGCUUUGUGAUGUCCUUAAUUACCAGUAUUUGCUUAGUACCAUUGUGAUGUACAUGACUGUAUAUUUUUCUACUGUCUGAUUUUUCCAAAAGAUGAGAAUCAACAAGUUGGGAAAAAAUUGGAUUUUUAACCAAUUUGCAUGAACUUAUGUGCGGAUGUAUAAUUUUGUGCAGUGUGAUUUUAUAGUUUUGUGUAUCGUUGAAAUGUUUCAGAAUAUGCACAUUUAGACCAUCAUUACAGGGAGGUCUAAACAGGCAGCUAUGAUUAUGCAAAUUUGUAAUAUGUAUAGUAAAUAAUCGUAUGGGUGCAUA